CGCCACGUUCCGUGAUUCCGUUUGUACAAGUAGGAGGUGUAUUCUGUCCACAUGCCCUGAUCUCGUCUUCGUACUUUCAGUUUUUGCCUUCCUCUCCAGCCCUCGGGCUUCGUUCCUGGCUACCUUCACCUGUCUCCUUUCCGAGCAUAUCCUCUAUUUCGCCGGCGAGCUCAAACUGGCACCGCUUGACUCUCUUUUCUUUCUUUGUGCGCAGUUAUUUUCACAGCUUCUCCGAGCCCGUCGCUGCUCUUUCUAGUAUUCUACUUUCUCUCUUUAUUUCCUAUGGCCGAGAAAUCUACCGUCCCCUCGGGUCAUCAGCAUCCGACAAGCUUACAGAGAGGGAAGGCAUGUCUGCGGUGUAGAAAGCGCAAAAUGAGGUGCGACGGGUCCAAACCCGCUUGUGCCCAGUGCGUUAGAGCGAAGAAGUCCGACGCUUGCGAGUACGAUGAUGGCAAGGGCAAGACCAGAACGCAACUCAUGCGAGAGCACAUCGCUCGUCUUGAGUCAAGGAUCAAGGAGCUCGAGAUGCCAGAGAUGGCCACUUCGCCCCCUAUUACUCUCUUUGACCCUCAUGCACCCGCCUACUUCUCAGAGUCUUCUUCCCCUUCAAGCCAUAAUUCGCCAUCAACACUCAGCUUGUCCGCUUCUGCGUCGCCUUCCCCUUUUCCUCUGGACAUGGAUUCAUCGCCUUGGGAUGCACAGUGGGCUAGCAUGACCGAUUUCCCCGCCUUGGGCAGUGUGGCUGACUCUUAUGGCUCGGAGGAUCCGCCUCUCGAACUCGCCCAGAUGUUAUUGGACAUUUUUCUUCCUCAUCGGCACCAAUGCGGUUUUGAGGUACACGUCGGUCGUCUGAGAGAGUCACUCACUCUUCCCCGAUCGGAACAACGUCACCCGGUACUGAUGAACUCUAUUUAUCUCUGGGCGUGCUACCUUUCUCGGCCAACUUCGCUGUGUGAACACGAACCUCUUUAUCUUUCCCGCGCACUUGCAGCUGUCAGCGACGCGAUUUCGAACCCUGCAAAGGUUGUCGAUUUCAUUCAAGCAUCGUGCCUUCUUGCGAUAUACUUUCUGUCCAAUGGGCGAGUCUUUGAGGGAAGCUAUCAUGCCAGCGUAGCUGCCUCCCUUGCGAUUCAAUGGGGAUUGCAUCAAGUGGGAGCUGAAGACUGUACUCCGAGGAACGUAAUUUCAGAACGGUCGGCGUUUAGACUAGAUCCCGCAAAGGACUCGAUCGAGCAAGGGGAACGCAUUCUGACCUUUUGGCAAGUCUACAACCUUGACCGCUGCUGGUCUGUGGCGCUUCAGCGUCCUGCAACGUUACCCGACAGCAAGCAUCCCUGGACUGCUGUAAGCACCCCAUGGCCGCAGCGGAUGGAAGAAUACGAGACGGGUGAGCUAGACAUUGGUCAUGGAUCUCCCACUAUUCAAGCUUUCUUCGCACCUCAAGGCCAUGUGCAGAACGUUACGGGCGGAUUUUCGUCUCUGGCUAUGCGAGUCAAGGCGUCAGCCCUUUUCGAAGGUGCCAGCAGGCUAUCGUCAAGCUGGUCCCCUCGACUUUCUUCUUCUUCCUCCUUCACUGAUAGCUUUAGGACCAUCGAACAUACGAUUACACGAUUCACCACGACGUUACUGCCGCUGCAUCAACUUGCAGCAACGAUGCCUGACGACAAGUACCAUCUCAUUGCGAUACACAGUCUAGCGCAUGCCUCUAUGAUUUGUCUUCAUGAACAUUUCCUGGAUGAUCAAGUCUCCCGUGAAGUCUUGUUGCGCGGUGCUCGCUCUAUCGUUGCUGUUGCAAAGUACAUUGGUGAUGCGGAUUACGAUUUCCUUGAUCCGCUCAUUGGGUAUUGUUGGGUAUCAGCCGCCCGCAUUCUCAUUACAGACCUCGUGCAACUUCAGGCUACCUGGCCAAUGGCAAACACGUCAGAAAUACGUGGCGAGAUUGGCACCCUACUGUACUCCUUGACGAAGCUUAGCACAAGGUUUCCUCUACUGGCAUGUUGUUGUAACUCUCUUCACAGGCUUCCAAGCGUCAAAAGUACAAAAGCUUCUGGAUGCGAAUCAGCUGGGUCAGUGAGAACUCAGUCUGAGUUCGUCGGCGCACCGCACAAGAACACGACAAUGUGUGCCGAUGAUCCUAUCACCAUCGGAGAACGGACCAAUCUCGCGAGCACGAGGGGUUGUCAUCUUGCUGGAUCAACAAACAUAACGGCGACUAUUGCCCGCAUUUCUUCAAGACUGUUAUCAACACUUUACGUCCCUUGACGAGGCCGCCUUCUUCGCGAGCGGGAUUGUUUUCGUCCCGCCUUCGCAACUAUCUUCCCCUUCCCUGUCAAAUCUACUUUUCUUCAAGCGAGCAUGGACUCUCGACUCAAAAACGAAUUGAACUGCUGGACACUUUUCUUUUUGCUUCGGUAUGGCCUUUGGACCGAACCGACUAUUGACUUUUUCUUUUCUUCGCUUUUAGCAUCUAAUGCUAUGGACCUCGGAUUUUCCGGACUUUGAAUGGACUUACUAUACGGACGAUCUCGGACUAUUUUUUUCUUUUCCUCGGACAUUCCUAUACCUGUACUACUCGCAUUGCUGCGUUUUCCACAGCAAUUUUUUCGGACGAUCUCGGACUAUUUUCUUCUCUUCCUUUCGUUUCCUAUGUAGAACUAGACGUUUCUCGUCUCGUACUAGGUACCCAUAUUUGUUUCCAUCACCACGUUGACUUUUCAACUGUAUACAUUGGGGCUUUUGGUCGUACAUACUCACACAUUCACUUAGUAGCUAGCACAUUGACACUUCUCAUUCGAACACUCAUCUUGUCACUAGUACAAUGUCGUUGUACUUACAUCAGUAACAAAAAAACUCAAUCAUCUGUACUUCGUCGCUCUUUAGAACUCUUCUAAUUGACGCUUCUACACGUCUCUUUCGGCUUGCCGUUUGCCAC